AUGCUGACCAUCCAUUCGCUCUUGGAGGGGAUGAGUAUCGGAGCCCAGGUUCACACCGCCACCUUCGUGAGCAUCUUCUUGGCCGUGGGUGCUCACAAAGGCCUUGCGGCCUUCGCCCUCGGCUCAAAGCUUUUAGAGGAUGCGCCUCCGGGCCAGAGGUGGAUUCUCUAUCGGGGCAUACUGCUCUUCGGCGUUUGCAGCCCGAUAGGAAUCAUGAUCGGUGCCUACAUGGUGGACGAAGUCAAAGGCGCAGGCAUUGGCUUGCUGCUGUCGGCGGCCACGGGCACGUUUCUGUACAUUGCGAUUCCGGAGCUCUUGUUGCCCGCCUUCGAGGGGGAGCAGUCGAGCACGUCAGCGACAUUGGCGGCAGUGCUUGGCUUUUCGGUCAUGGCCUUCCUUGCCAUCUGGGUUUAA